AUGACGGCCGUGUUUGUGAGCGGGUUCGAUUUUGACACCCCCGAGAGCACCGUGGAAAGCCACUUCAGCGCAAUUGCACCAGUCAAGAGCGUUCGCUUCGUCGGGAAAGGAAAUGCCGUGGUGACUUAUGACAAGGAGUCCGAUGCCAACCGUGCUGUCGAUGAGCUCAACAACAGCACCAUGGAGGGCAACAGGCGGUAUGUCAACGUGAAGAUAGACCAGGGCGGCAAGGGCAAAGGCAAGGAUGGCAAAGAUGGCGGAAAGGACAGAGGCUAUGGAGGGUAUGGCUAUGGCGGCGGCUACAGCAACGGCGGUGGCUACGGGAAGGGCGGCUAUGGCAAGAGCAAGGGCAAAGGACGAGAUUACUCCGAUGGUGAGAUGGAGGAUGGCGUCGUAGCGACCUUCAACGACGACAGAGGAUACGGGUUCAUCACGCCGAGCCACGGCGGCGACGAUGUCUACGUGCACUUCAGUGCCAUCCAGUCGGAUGACUCCUACCGCACCUUGCAUCAAGGCCAGAACGUGCGCUUUGUCAUGGGCGAGGAUCCCAAGGGCAAGGGGAAAGGCAAGGGCAAAGCGGUCUGCGUGGUUCCCAGCUGA